AUGUCGGCACUCAACAACCUUGGAUACUCGUCAGACGAGGACGAGCCUAUUGCUGUUGAUAACCCAUUCGGUCUCUCAAAUGAGCCUGCUGCAAAGAAAAUACGCGUCGAUGAGCCCGUGACGGAGCAGAAAACGGUACACUCUGCUGCUCCUCAUGUCCUUUCAGAGGAUCCUCUUAACCAAACAUCACUCAUUACCCGACCCACCGAUACCCAAAUGAACGUCAAUAUUCCCUACCAAGACAUGAUUCUGCCCGUUCAAGGCCCUGUAAACCCCUUCGCCGACCCCAAUCGUUUCCAGAAUCAGAAUGCGCUUGCGGGCCACGUCGAAGAGCAAGCUAUGUCCCAUCAUGCAUUUAAAACGCAGCAGCAAACCUACGCGAUGCUCGGAUAUGCUGCGAAUCCGUCGGUAGACCCAAACGCACCUGCGAUCGUGGGGUCUAUCGAAAACGCAAAAGCUAAUGGGUUUGCCACCAUCGACGCUAUUCGCUCAACUAGGUCGGAGCGCAAGGAGCUGAAACGCAAACGGAAGGCCAAGGGCGACCUGGAAGUUGUUGACGGUGACGGCGCUUAUGUUGGGCCCUGGGGUGAGUGGGAGGGUGAGGGCAUUCAACACGAGUUCCUUGCGGGUGUAGAGGAGGAUGCAGACGAGCCGUCGGAAGGAGAAGCAGAGCCAGAAGUCCCGAUUAAAAAGGGCAAACCAAAACGCGCCACUGGUGUUGGCCAGGAGUAUUCAGUUUUCCACGGCAAGUCUAUGACGGACUACCAGGGACGAACAUAUAUGUCUCCACCCGUUGCGGAAGCGCCAAAUAUUCUUCAAGAAGCUGGUUCCCAAGAUUGCUUCAUUCCCAAAGUUUGCAUUCACACUUGGACCGGUCAUACCCAAGGUGUUUCUGUCUUGCGGUUACUACCAGAAACCGGGCAUCUUCUGCUUAGCGGAUCUAUGGACACUAAAAUCAAGCUCUGGGAUGUCUAUACGCACGGAAAUUGCUUGCGUACCUUCCAUGGUCAUACAAAAUACGUCAAGGACGUCUGUUUCUCGAACGAUGGCCGGCAGUUUUUAUCUUGCGGCUAUGACCGACAAAUGAAGCUUUGGGACACGGAAACGGGGCAAUGUCUGAAGAGGUUCAGUAACGGGAAGAUCCCGCAUGUCAUUCGUUUCCAUCCCGAUCAAGACAAACAGCACAUCUUCCUCGCUGGUAUGUCAGACAAGAAAAUCAUUCAGUAUGACAUGAAUUCUGGCGACAUCAUCCAAGAAUAUGACCAACAUCUUGGACCUGUUAAUACCAUCACUUUCGUUGACGAAAACCGACGGUUCGUAACCACAUCGGACGACAAAACGCUACGGGCCUGGGACUACGACAUUCCUGUAGUCAUCAAAUACAUCGCUGAGCCUCACAUGCAUUCGAUGCCUGCUGUCAGCCUACAUCCUUCCAAGAAGUAUCUCGCUGCCCAAUCGCUCGACAACCAGAUCCUGAUUUAUGGAACGGACAACUUCCGCCAAAAUCGCAAGAAACGAUUUGCGGGGCAUUCUGUUGCUGGCUACGCUUGCCAAGUUGGGUUUUCGCCAGACGGCAAGUGGAUCAGCAGUGGUGAUGGCGAGGGCAAUGUAGUUUUCUGGGACUGGAAGACAGGUCGCAUCAAGUCACGAUUAAAAGCACAUUCCAAAGUGGUCAUCGCUCACGAAUGGUUACCACACGAAACGUCUAAAGUUGUUACCGGUUCGUGGGACGGACUAAUCAAGCUUUGGGACUGA